UGACGUAUUUCCGGCGGGGAUCUUCCUACUUCCGCCUCCUCCAACAUGGCGCCGCCCGUUCCGCUGCUGGCAGUCCGAGGGUCCGACGGGACGUCCCUGCUCCGCGGCCCCCCCCACUGUGAGCAGCAUGAGGCCUUCCAGAGGGACGGCCGGUCCAGCCGCUGCGUCACCUUCAGCAGAGACGGGUCGCUGUUCGGCUGGUGCAACGGACACAGCGUCUCCGUGGUCCGAUCCUCCGACGGGUCCCUGGUCUCCUCCCUGGAACUCCCCAAGACCAGCCUGAUAGAGUUCUCCCCCCUCAACAAGGUCCUGGUCACCUGGCAGCCGUACUCUAAGACCCAGGACGAUGCCCAGGGGGACGCCAACCUGCAGCUGUGGGACUUAACCGGAGGAGGAGUGCUGAUGAAGGCCCUGUUCCAGAAGAAGGUCCAGUCCUGGUGCCCCGUCUGGUCCGAUGACGAGGAACUCUGCGUGAGGAGCGUCAACAACGAGCUGCACUUCUACGAGAAGAACGACUUUAGUUCAAUCGCCAACAAGCUGCACCUGCAGAAAGUCUCGGACUUCGCCUUGAGCCCCGGAAACGCACCUAGCAAGGUCUGCGUCUACGUCCCCGGGACUAAAGGGGCCCCGUCCUUCGUGCGGUUGUACCAGUACCCAGUCCUGGGCGGCCCCGCGGCGGCGCGAGCUAACAAGAGCUUCUUCAAGGCCGACAGAGUCGUCAUGCAGUGGAACCAGAAAGCGACGGCGGUGCUGGUAACAGCUAGCACGGAGGUGGAUAAGAGCGGGGCGUCGUACUACGGAGAGCAGACGCUGCACUACCUGGCAGUGAACGGGGAGACGGCGCAGGUGCAGCUGGCUAAGAACGGUCCGAUCUACGACGUGUCCUGGAGUCCCAACUCGUCAGAGUUCUGCGUGGUCUACGGCUUCAUGCCGGCCAAGGCCACGGUUUACAACCAGCGCUGUGACCCGGUGUUCGACUUCGGGACGGGCCCGCGCAACGCCGCCUUCUACAGUCCUCAGGGCCACAUCCUGGUUCUGGCCGGGUUCGGGAACCUGCGGGGCCAGAUGGAGGUUUGGGACGUGAAGAAGUACAAGCAGGUUUCCAAACCUCAGGCUCCGGACACGACGUGUUUCUUCUGGUGUCCGGACGGUGAGCACGUCGUCACGGCGACCUGCUCUCCUCGUCUCCGCGUCUGCAACGGCUACAAGAUCUGGCACUACACGGGUUCGGUCCUGCACAAGCAGGACGCGGCUCCGGGGACGGAGCUGUGGCAGGUUCUGUGGCAGCCAUUCCCCGCCGCUACCUUCCCCGAGCGGCCCGUCCGCUACCAGGCCGUGGCUAGCGAGCUAGGAACCACGCAGGCCCCGCCCGCCCAGGCCUACCGGCCGCCGGCGCUGAGACACCUGCCAGCGACGGCCGGGUCCAAACUGCACGAGGAAGAAGCUCCUCAGGAUCUUCGGGCUCCGGCUGAUAAAAGCGUCUCCAAGGCGGCGCUGAAGAACCAGAAGAAGCGGGAAGCUAAGAAGGCGGCCAGACAGGAAGCCAAACCGGAGGCGGAGCCUGAAGCUCCGUCUGGCCCCGCCCCCAACGCCAACAGCCAAUCAGAGCCCAGCAGCGGAGACCCGGAGACGGACAAGAAGGUGAAGAACCUGAAGAAGAAACUGAAAGCCAUCGAGGAACUGAAGGAGCAGCAGGCGUCGGGGAAGGUUCUGCAGAAAAACCAGAUGGACAAAGUCCUGAAGGAGCAGCAGCUGCUGCAGGAGCUGGAGCAGCUGCUGAUCAGCCAAUAGGAGCCGCCGCUGGACCCACAAUGCAACACUCCGGCGCAGGACCCACAAUGCACUGCUCCUACCGGAGGAAGGGCGGAGAGACUUGAGGGGGCGGGGCUUGUUGGUGCCGCAGGAUUGGCUGUUUACCUUUUACUUCUCUGAAGCCGUUUCCCUGAGUUCACCCAAAGGCAUCAUGGGAAACAGGAAGCAGCUGUUCCAGGAAGUGUUUUUUUUCAAAGACCACAGAGGAAGAAAAAGGGCCGUCUUUAGGUUACUGUCCCUUUAAGACUGAGAAGAUAAUGGAGGGAUUAUGUUCAGCAUGUGUUGUUGUUGCUAUGCAACCUCAGUAAGUUCUUACACAAUAAAAGCUUCUCUCCACUG